AUGGAUCCUGCUACAGCAAUUUCCACCGCCGCUGCUGUAAUCGACCUUGUGAUCUUUGGGUACAAAGUCAUUGCAUGUGCUGUCGAGCUCAGAAGUUCCGCCCAAGGAGCCCUGGAAGAGAACAUCGACCGAGAGACUAUUGCCCGUGACAUCCAGUAUGUCCUUGGAAACUUGCACGGUUCAAACGAAGCGGACGGAGACCGGGAACUCGAAGACCUGAGACAAAGAGCGCUGAAAGUCGCCACAGAGCUCUCGAUAGAACUCAAUAAACUCAAGGUGACGCCUAAUGGGUCGAAACAGGAAGCGCUUAAGAAGGCUCUUCGUAGUCUAUGGAAGAGGAAAGAUAUCUUGAAUUUGGAGGAUCGAUUGAGGGGCUUGAGCCAGGAGAUCAACCUUCACCUCACUACUGACGCAAAUAAGCUGCUCAAUGAGAUGACCGAAGCUCAACGAAGCCAAGUGACGAAAAUACUCGAUGAAAUCGAACAACAGUCUAAGGAGCUCCGUGCUCAGCUGAUUGACCAGCAAGCAAAAAAUCGAGAAGAGACUCACUUAUUACGCCAGUCGGUCGACGCAGUCAAGGAAGAAACCGCCAGUAUCCGCGAGAGUCUCGACAAAGUAGUCGACGGGUCUCAGGGAACCAAAAUCAUCCUCGAACAAAUAUUAGAGGCUGGCGCAGAUCUACAAGAUCGCUUCAAAAGGGUUGAAGAACUGCUUGCACAACCAGAGCCGAACCAGUCUGAGCUCACCACCGGAGCAGUUAAUCAGGUCUUUGAAGCUCUUGCAUGGUACUGCAACAGAAAGACAGCAGCGGACGUGCUAUUGCAGCAAAAGUCGGACGAGACUGCAUCCGCGUUCCCCGUCACAGGCCAUGUGUACACUGCCAGUGUUCAGGUACGUGGUAGAGGGAAGCUAGUGCAAGGCAAUAUUGGUCCUGCACAAAAGCACGACGCCAAGCAUACGUUUGGAGGCAGCAUGAAUGUAACGGACGAUGCGAAGGUCGUGAGUGGGAACAUCUCCGAGCUGGGCUUUGCGGCAAGUUUCCUCUCAUGA